AUGUUGGAAACUAUUAGCGCCGCCAUUGCCGUUACGCAGGGGAUUGUGGGGACAUGCAAAGCCAUUGACAUUGCCAUAACAGCAGUCAAAACCUCCGAAAAAACACUUGACCGAUGGAACACAACAAGCGCAUUGUUAUGCGAGAUAGCGGAGCAGUUCGAAUAUGUUCUGCGAAAGAGAAAUGACCUAGGUCCAAAUGGGGCUCCUUUGGGACGCUCAAAUUUUGGAAAUACAGUCCGCAACCAACUUAAUUCUUUCCACAUGGAGCUUCAAGACUUGCAAAAGAACCUCUCAAAGCCGACUCUUGUCGAUAACGGGAAAUCAGACCUGCGGCUAAUGAGAAAAUUCAAGCUUGCUUUUGCAAUGGACUGGAAGGAAAAUGAAGAGAUAUUCCAAUGGAUAGAUCGCCAGAUCUCCACCCUUUCCAUGAGUUUAGAAUUGAUCAAGACAGUGGACGAAGCCGACAUGAAGGGGGUCUAG